CCUUCGUUAGAAACAAAGGUUGCACUACUCAACCAAGCUUCGAGUCAAAAUUUGGGUGUAGUUGAACUUGAUUCAAAUUUAUACGAUGAAUUCGUUGCUAAACCUAGAAAUUACUCUAUGGCUAUACUACUAACAGCCUUAGAUCCACAAAUUAAUUGUAUACCAUGCAAAAAUCUUGUAAACCGAAUUAAUUUUAAUAAUGUAAACAGAGAAUUUGACCCCGAAUUCCGAUUAGUCGCAAGGAGCUGGUUAGAGUCUGGGGACGAACCUUCCCGCUUGUAUUUUGGUGUUUUAGAUUUUAAAAAUGGUCGGGAGGUUUAUGCCAGACUCGGUUUAAAUAAUGCACCUACUUUGUUCUAUUUUUCACCAACCACUGGUCCAUAUGCUAAAGACGUUUCUGAACCUUACAAAUACGAAUUCAACAGACAUGGUUUUUCUGCCGAAGCAUUCGCGUCUUAUCUAUCGGGCAUUUUGGGUACUCAAGUACCU